GGCUGAUUCCCACCAAACUCUACAUUGUCCCCAAAAAAAGAAGAAGAAAAGGAAACUCUAAAAAUUUCUUUUAUUGUUAAACUUUUUCAUUCCUAAAUUUUGUUCACCAGAUUAUGGAACAAGAAUCAUCAAAUGGACAUGGCCACCAUAGCCAUAUUCAAAGUCAAAGCCAAAGCCAACAUGACUCUGUCCCUUCUUCUUCUUUCUCUUCCAUCGCUACUUCACAACUUCAAGAAGACAAUGAUGAACCCCAACAACAGCAACAACAACAACAACAACAGUCUUCUACUGCGUCGUAUCAUGUCAAUAGCUCAAUUUCAAAUGUUGAACGCAGUGGCAUGAGAGAUGAUGUUUGGUCUUGCUUUGUUGUACUUGUCACCUUCUGGUUCUUCGCAGCUUCCAUGACUAUGAUUCUUGGUAUCUUUGGCUCUGUGGAUUUACAAUUGGGACCUAAUUACUCGCGCCUCAUACGAACUAAUUCAAUAUUUGUUCAAUCAAUCAAGGUUGAAGAACUAGACCAGCAAAAUUCUGGGUCAUUAAUGCUAUAUGGGUUUCACAAACCUCCUCCCUUGGAUGUUGAAAUUACCUGGACUGAGACUCACAAUGCUGUAGUUCAAGUUGAUUUGCACAAGGAGUGGUUAUAUUACCUUAACGAGGGGUCUGAUGUGGUUAUCUCAUACAGAGUAAUAUCUCCAAGUUCCUCACCUUUAUCCCUUGUAAUUGCCAAAGGCAGUGAAAGCCUUGAAGAGUGGAUUGACGACCCAUCAUAUCCUAAUACAACUUUGUCUUGGGAUAUUAUAGAUGGAAGUGGUAAGAUCCAGCAAGAAAUUUCUGAGUCUUCUACUUAUUAUAUUGCUGUGGGUAACUUGAACUCUCAGGAAGUGGAGGUACAAUUGAAUUUCACAAUUAGUGCCUUCAUCUAUAAUACGACUACGGCUUAUUACAAGUGCUCAUUGGGCAGCCGUUCGUGUAGUUUAACACUUCCUCUUCUAGGGGCAAAUGCUGCUGUCCUUACAUCUCCAGGUCCGACACAGGGUUCCAGUGAUACUUGGUCUGUCAAACUCUCAUAUGGACCCCGAUGGAUCGCAUAUUUUGUCGGAUCAGGUGUGAUGACCAUCCUCAUGUUAUUGGCCUUUAGAUUCUUUAGCCUGUUUGAGUCUACCAGUGGAAAUGGAACAGGAAUUCAAGCUGGAGAUAUGGGACCGGAUCGGGCACCAUUGCUUUCAAACAAAGAUGACGAUCUCUCCAGCUGGGGUUCAUCUUACGAUUCUGUGUCACAUGAUGAUGAAGAUUUGGAUGAAUGGCUAGCAGUAAAUGCUCUUGAAGGAACUCUGUUAAAUGAAGGGGAAAACAAAAGCAAUCCCAGGCGUCUUUGUGUGAUUUGUUGUGAUUCUCCAAGAGACUGCUUCUUUCUUCCAUGUGGACACUGUGCCGCCUGUUUUACAUGUGGAACAAGGAUUGCAGAAGAGGCUGGAACAUGUCCCAUAUGUCGAAGGAAGAUGAAGAAAGUGCGGAAGAUAUUUACAGUUUAAGCAGCCAGCCGGUUUGAGUAUAUUGUGCAGAUGCUUUCAGUUGGUGAAAGCUGUAAAUUUAAUGGUCCACUAACACUGUGUAUUGCACCCUUAGAAUUUUGUUGGUAGAGAGCUGUGAUUGCAAUAGGUUACAUGAAAAUUAUUUGUUCAUAAGGGUUUGAGUUAACCACUAAGAAAGAAAUAUUCAAACGUAAAUGGAAAACAGAAAAUGACAGAACAAGAAAUCACCCAUGAACCGAAACAGGGGAGUUCCUCUGUGUACAUUUUUUUUUUCUUCUUUUGUGUGGUGAUUUUACAUGUGACCAUAGAUGCAUUGAAGAGUUCAGAAUAAAUUAAAAGUGAUCUCAAAUG